GUUCGAGUACGUAUAACAUCGAAAUGGUAAAUAAUAAACGUAAAUUAAAUGCUCUUAUUAUUUCAGAAAAAGUUCGUUUAAUACAUUUAGAUGAAAAGGAUAAACGUAAAAAAUGUGAAAUCGCUAAAGAGUUUAACAUUUCACCGUAUACAUUAUCCUCAAUUGUGAUAUAAAAUUAUAAAAUUUUAAUGUUUCAUAAUAGUGACACAAAUAAAUGCUUAAAUUGAAUUGAAACUUUCCAGAAAUUUUAGCAGAUUUUUCUUCUAAUGAUAUUUUAAACGUGAACGUAACAGACUUAUUUUUAAUUAUAUACCACAUAAAACUUUAACGUGUUAAAGACAAAUAAUGUUCAGGUUGAAAAUACGGAUAACAAUGACGUUAGGAGCAAAUAUGUCUGAAACAGAAAAAAUCAUUAAAUCAUUUAUUAUUGGGGUAAAACGAUGAAACAUAGGUGAUUUAUAUGAAUUAAAUCUAUACCAGUUGACUAUGAGUCAAAUAAAAAGGUUUGGAUGACUUCAUCAUUAAGUCCUCUAACCACAUGUACAUUACUAUUAUAAAUUAUCGGACUAGAUCUCGAACUCUUGAUAAUUGAGGUCAAUAAUUAAGAAGGCAGAAGCUCUGGAACUUAUGGUAUUCAAUUUAUAUAUCUUAAAUCAAAUCAAAUUAUUAAUAACAAUAAAUGUUGAAUACAUGAAUUUUUUUCAAACAUUUAUAAACUUGACCAAAGUUAAGUAGAAUGCGUUUUGAUAUUAUACUCGGAUAUGAACCACCGCAUUCGUGAUUCGUUAAAAAAAGUACUAUAAAAAUUCACCUCUAGUCACGAAGUUCCAUAAUCGAAAACGGCACAAUUAUACGAUAUUAGCGUAUGCGAGAUGACUAUUUUAUUUAAUGUUAACGUGCAAGUAAUUAAUUUGCGUCUGAAUUCAUAGAAAAUUAUGCAAUUAAAAUGGUAAAGUGUACUUCACGGCUUGUAAAAAAUAUUACGCAGGUAUAUUGCUGUUAGCGUAUGGGGAAAUUGUGGAAAAAAAUAUAUCCGUUUGUGCGUUACCUGCACGUCGAAUGGGUUAAACAGCGGCGGCAGUAUUUUUGAUGAAAAGGGACUGGGAGGUAUAAACACGAAGUGUGAUCGUCGUUUACCGCGGCGGCCGCAAAAUAAUAUUACUAAUAGUAAUAAUAGUAGGACAAUAAAGACGGCAGCCGCCGCCUCGAUGUGGAGUGGCCACCAACGUUCCGACCACUACCCACAACAGACCCGAGCUGCAAUUGGCCGAGGAGCCGUUCGACGGGAGGGGCUCUAAUCCGCCUGUUUUGUCGGUCCCAGUUUAGAGGCACGAAUCCCACACAACCUAAAAGAUAUCUUGGCACGUAACGUGCUCACGACGUUCGCAUCAGUCCUUCUUAUCGAUCAUCACGCUUAACGUAAUACGUUCUUAAUUGAAUUUAUUUGUUAAUUGCUGCGGUUCAAAGUUGUGUCGUCUAUUUGUUGAGUUCGAUUAUGAUUUUUUAAUAUAAAUGAAGAGAAGUUGCGUUUGUUCGAACAAAGUUUAAUAACAUCACUAAGAUUGUUUGUACUUUUUCGAAUUUUGAGCGAGACAAUUUUUUGUGCGUCCCGUGUAGUAAAAAAAUCAUUCAGUGUCAAUUUGUAUAUUUUUAACUACUUCAAUGGUAUGAUCAGCCACACACAGUCGAAAUGAACGAAUCUGUGACUAUCUGCAGACAGCUACAGGCUCCGGUAUACCAUUACAGUAGUGUGCCGCAAUGUACGCCCGCCGAAGAUGGCACCGAAGCCCAACAGCCCGUUGUAACUGUGUCCGGAGCUACUUGGACACCUUACGGCCAGUCGGCUACCGCGACCGCUGCUGUGGCUGGUUAUCAUCAUCAUCACCACCAUAGUCACCAUCACCUUCAGCAACAACCGCAACAACAACCCGUUCAGUUGCAUCACCAUCAUCAACAUCAACACAGUCAAGAUGCCGUUGUAAACGCAACACUUCACCAUCAUCAACCGGUAGAUAGUUAUGCAUGGCCGGUCUAUAAUAGGCGACGACCGUCUUACGAAGAUGUCGUUUACCAUCAUCAUCACCAUCAGUCUCAUCAUCAACAGACUGUGGUUACGACUCCCGUGGCACCGUAUAACCAACCAGCUACAACAGCUACGUGUUCAUCUCCUGGUACAUCUUUGGACGAACCGACAACCGCUUACCAACCAGCAAAUGAUUACAAGUAUUGGCCACCAAUACAACAUCAACCUUCUCCUCCAGGUCCCACUGGACGUGUUAGUCCAUAUGGGUGGAUGAAAAGAAUAGAAUAUCAAGACCGUCCUCAACCAGGUCGAACACGUACAAAAGACAAAUACAGGGUUGUUUAUACAGACUUACAGCGACUAGAGCUCGAAAAAGAAUUCCAUUUUAAUCGAUACAUUACAAUUACUAGAAAAACCGAGUUGUCAAAGAUGUUAAGUUUAUCUGAAAGACAAGUUAAGAUAUGGUUUCAAAAUAGACGAGCAAAGCAAAGAAAAAUUGAUAAAAAAAGAGAAGAAACUAUUAUUAGUGAAAAUUCCAAGCAAAUUCCAAUAUCAAUUGAUUCGUCAUACUCAAUUGAAAGCUGCUCACCUCUAUAAUUAUAAAUUAUUGUUUUACUAGGAUUAAUGUUAAAUUAUAAGUAAACAAUAUUGACUGAGCUAAGUUCACGACAUAUUAAAAAAUUUCAUAUGAAACGAACUUGUGAUAUUUUGUCAUAAUUGUGUAAUAAUUAAUAUUAAUACACCAAGUUGUCUUUAUUGUGUAUCCGAAAUAAUCAAAAGUUAGUUAGGAUUGUUUCAUUGACAAA